AUGGCGAACACCUCGAUUUACAACGAGAACUGGUUCAAGGAGCCACAAGGCAAAGACUAUCCCUCGCUCUACAAGGAUUGUGGAAAAUGGCGCAUUUGCCGCAUUGCUAGCGCCAAGGUUAUCCCGCUUCAAAACUGCUCUCUGAAUGCGGGAAUCGAGGGUGCAACACGCGAUGACAAAAGGGAGGAGGAGAUCCGACAAUUAAGGCAGCAAUUGCCCGAAUGCAUCCAAGAUUGGCCUCAGGUGUAUUACUUUAGCAUCUUGUGCCAUACCGAUCCCAUAAUUGUGAGAACAGCGGGAUUACGGUAUCGCAACGACGACCCUGACUGGAACAGACUCGAGAGCUUCCCCUGGGCGACAGAAAAAGCAGAAGGUGUUUUCAUUUUCCAGAAAUUCGACCCGAACUUCAAAACUGUGCCAGACACAAUUCAAUGGCUGACAGUGCUGGGUGGCCUCGCAACUGCAAAAGCAUUCUGGCGGUAUCGACGAAACCGUACGGACGGAGAUGGCCGCAGUCCACCAAUGCCAUGGCUCAUCACAAAAGACCAGGAUCCUUCAAAGAGGAAAUAUACUCGGAUGGAUCCUCAUGAUGCAUUCUUCAUCGAUGACCACGACCGACCGUGCAGGUUGAUCGAGGCGUCCAGGAUAGAGAAAGAUAAGACAUUGCAACACAGUUUCUUUGUCCACAUCAAGCUGCAAGCGGAAGAUGGUGAAACCGAAGUGAACGUGCCUCAGCUGGCUGAGAUGACUGAGGUUCAAUUCGAGAUAGCUGCGGAGCGACGGACAUACCUGAAGAUCGAUCUCAACCAGAAAGGGGUUGUUGUUGAGGCACACAGCCCUGGUGAUCUUGUUCUUCUCGUGAAGAGCCCCAUUCCCCAGCAUGGUGGUGAAGUUGAGAUUGUCACCUUCGUCAAGCCAAACACCAUGCCAAUUGAUGAGCAGAUCAAGGCGCUUGGGGACGUGAGCUUAUGCAGUUUCGGGGGAGAGCUGAAAGGUAAAGAAAAGCAGGGAUAUUUGCUGAAAAGGACCGUGCUCGCCCAUGGUGUUGAAUUGGACCCUGCCAGCAAUUUCUAUUUUCUUCUUGAUACUUGGGAAAUGUUAGAGGUUCCUCCAGAGCAGCAAGACGAGAGGAUCUCCUAUAUUAUGGAAAACUUUCCCCUGGAUAAGGUUCAGCAUCAAGCAUUCUUAAAGUCAACGUUUGAGGUCACCUGCGGCAUCAACCUUGUACCAGGGCCACCUGGAACAGGAAAAACAAGGACUGCCAUAGUCAUCAUCCUCUUGCUUAUGGCAUUGGACCUGAAAGUUCUGCUUGCCGCUGGAUCAAACAAGGGUGUCGACAAUCUCGCGGAGGCUGUUGUUACGUCUUUGAAUAAACAUCCUCGGCUUCGGCAGUGGUGCGGCCAGUUUAUUCGCUUCCGAACACCGUCCUAUCAGCUUGCACGAGUCAGAAUUGACAGGGCAAACUCCAAUCAAGUCGGACUGGGUGCAUCAAGAAAAGGAAGCUCGGCAAGCCAGAUCCUCGAGCCAGUGCAGAUUCACAAUGUCGUCCAGCGCUUCGCCGAGGACCACGCAGAGUCGACGAGUGACUGUGGGGACUUCCUUGAUAUGAUCAGGAAGGAUAAGGAGUGCCAUCUGAGCAAAGAUCAGUCAAAGAAGCUGCGCAACUCCUAUGAGUCCUGCGCCUUGAGCGUCCUCGCGAAUUGCAAAGUCGUGGCUACUACUUUGAGCAGCGCUUCCCAGAAACUGCUGCGCGACUCGGACUUCAACCCCGAUUUUGUGAUCAGCGACGAGGCCGGGCAGUGCCUCGAGGGUGAACACUGCAUCGCCUUGACGAUGUCGUCGGUCAAAGCGGUGGUUCUGAUCGGAGAUCCGGAUCAGGUGCCGCCAACAGUAAUUUCGGAAAAUGACUGCACCUUAUCUCAAACGGUCCCUGAUGACACGACUUCAUGA